AUGGCCGCCGUAUAUCAUGAGGGCACUAUUAAAGGUGUUGAACCUGAUACAUUCAACGCUGAAAAACCAGCAGAACGACUUAGAACCGCCAUGAAAAAAUUAGGUACAGACGAGUCUGAGAUUAUCAAGGUCCUGUGUGAACACAACAACUAUCAGAGACAGCUGAUUAAAACAAUGUAUAAAACUAUGUAUGGUAGAGAUUUAGUAGAAGAUUUAGAGUCUGAGCUAUCAGGACAUUUUGAAGAACUGUGUCUGGGAUUGAUGAUGCCGUCCCGAUGUUUUGAUGCCUAUUGUCUCAGACAUGCUAUGAAGAGAAUUGGUACAAAAGAAAUAGUUCUAACAGAUAUCCUGGCCUCCAGAUCUAAUUGUGAAAUACAGGAAAUAAAACAGGUCUAUAAAAACGAUCUAUACCAGGUGGAACUAGAGGAUGAUAUAAAAAGUGAUGUAAGUGGUGACUAUUUAAGGGUAUUAAUUGGGUUACUCCAGGCUAACCGAGAUGAUACCCAAUCUGUUGAUGUUACCCUAGUAGAUAAAGACGUUCAAGAUCUCAAGGAGGCCGGGAUUAAUCAAACAGGAACCGAUGAAGACACUUUUACCAGGAUUUUAGUAAGACGCAGCAUUCCCCACCUGAGAGAGGUCUUCGAGAAAUAUGACAAUCUAGAAGGUGCUGUAAUAUCAGAAACUAGUGGAGAUCUUCAGAAAGCUUAUCUUUCUAUUUAUCGGUACGUGAAGGACCCAUUAGAAUAUUACGCUGGUUGUUUUAGAGAGAGUUUUUCUGGACCGGGAACAGACGAUGAACGUUUGAUACAACUCGUCGUCUCACAUUCAGAGAUAGAUUUAAAAGAUAUCAGCCUGGUCUACCAAAGAAUUUAUAAACAGAGUUUAACCGAGGCUAUACAGGACGAGUGUCGGGGCGAUUACGGGAAACUCAUCCUCAAAAUAGUCACCCCUGGUGAUGAUGCUUGCACCCCAGAGAGCUAAUGCGUUAUUUUACAAUUCUGUUGGUAGGUGACAAGUUAACAUCUCCACUUCGAGUAGCUGACAAAUGUUACCAUUAUGUUGAGUUUUUGUUAUAUUUUUCACUCUUUAAUUCUGCUGAUGCAGUGAACAUACAUUUUCAAACAAAAAGUUCAUAAAAAAUAGGAAUUUCGCCAGAACAACAUAUAUAUGAAUUUUUGUAAUAUUUGGUAAUAAAUCAACAAACGUCUUAUAUUUAAUAUUUGUUAACCGUUGGCCUUAUGUUCAACUUUAGUUUACAACUAAGGGGGCAGAGGGGGCAAAUGUGCUCUUAAAGUUCUUGUUGAUCUCAUAAACCUGUUUGAAAUUUACUGUAGAAAAUCUAAUUGACUGGAUCUCAUUUCUUGUUAUAAUCUCGUUCCUUUAUUAAUUUAUAAAAUACUGAAUUGUUAUGAAGGUUAAGAAAUAAAGUUAUAUAAAUACAAAUAAUUUUAUUCAACAGUAGCUUUAGAGUUAUCAAAUGACAAAUUGUAAUCCAAAGUUAUUCUGUAACAAAUUGAAGUGUCCUGAUUUUGUGGAUGAAAAAGUUUGUAACAGGGUGUCAUGAUGUAAAAUACAUUUUGUUAUCACAAUAUACAUGAUUGAAGUCACAGCUUCCUGUUUUACAAUUUGAGAUUAACAAGAGUUAUUCCCCUUACAUUAGAUUCAACAGUAGCCAUGGUGACUAAAAAUCAGAAAUAAAGGUACAUUCAGGACUGUAACUUAGGUCUUUUUUCUAUAAAAUCCUGUUGCUUUUUUAAGUCAGUUUUGUCUUGUAAUCAUAACGCUUUCAGUGGAAUUCAAACAUUUACCACAUUUACUGUAGACAUAAAAUAAUUCUAUAUAUUUAGUGAAUAUCAUAAUUACAUUUUCAAUUUUUAAAUGAAUUUUAUUGUUUGUUAAAUUCUACAUGAGGCAUUUGCCUUGAUAUAGUUACCGCCCUGACAUCAGGUGAUGAAAAAGCUUCUGAUAUGAAUACAUUAAUAUUUAUACACCCACGCCACCUCAAACAGUAAAAAUCCACCAAUAAUCUCAUUGUUCAAAACAAGGCACUAACACAGGUUUAUAGUUGUGUUCACUAAUUAUAGAGGUCAAGGUGGUUUAAAACUAAAUAUAUAAACAUAAAACUAAUAUUUCUAUAAUAGAUGUGCUAGACUUAAAAAAUACUUGAUUUCUCAUUAACAAAAAAGUUUAAAUGCCUUUUUGACUUUCAAAUAAAAAAUGGCUCUUUACUUCAAAAAGAAAAGAAAAGAAAAGAAAGUGAAAGUGAAAGUGAAAGUGAAAGGAAAAUAAAAGAAAUAAAAUGCCCAGUAUUUUCUAGACAUUGCAUUAUUUAGGCACUCCAUUCUUAAGAAAAUAUUCUUUUAAUAUAUUCAUAGCUUUACCACGGUGAGAAAGUGUAUGUUUCAGAUCUAUGUCCAUUUCAGCGAAUGUUUGUUCGUGUCCGUAUGGUUGAAAACAGGGGAUCCCAUCCAAAAUCUUUGGGGCCCCUGGGUUGGACUAUAGUUCCGUCACACUGCCCUUGAAAUAUUUCUAUUGGUGCCCCUUCCUGUCCGCUAGAAUACGCGUAGAUAGUCCUAUAUUUAAUAAAAACCAUUUUAUAUAGGGACCAGGUAAUCCUUUUAAAGCAUUAAAACAUAGACUGGUAUCACCCACUAUCACUGGACCAUUGACAUGUUCAGCUGCUAUC